AUGAAAGGAUGUUCUAUUUUCAGAUCUGGGCAUUUUUUAUUUCUGCUUUGCCUUUUUGCUGUGGAAGGCAAAAAGUCACCUACAGGAAAACAUACCUGCCGAAAAGGACUCCUCUCCCAGGUGACAGAGAACCUGUAUGUCAAGGCAACUAGUUUAAAAUCGUCUGUUCCUAAGGACCUUAUCAAGACCUCGAGACUGCUAAAAAAGACUACAAAAAUGCUGUUUAUGACAAACUGCAGUGUUCGAGAUCAGCUCCUCUCCUUCUAUGUGAAAAAUGUCUUCAGUCGUCUUGAGGUAGGAAGUGACAAGUUGUACUUUAUUAGUGCCUUCCAGGUCCUGCAAGCAAACAUGGAUGCCUGUCUUCCAUGUUCUCCAUCCACAAGGUUAACUUCUGCUGUCAAAAAGUUAAAGAGAAUGUUUCUUAAGCUUGGAGAUCAGGGAUUCUACAAGGCCAUCCAUGAACUGGACAUUCUCCUUCCCUGGAUUCAGGCCUACAUACAAACCAUCAUAUGA